GCCCCGCCCACUCGUGUUUGGUAAUAACAGAGAGUGAGUAACUGUGAGUGUGAUAUCAGAGGGUAUUUAAGAGGUUUUAGCAGUAAAAAGUGAGUUAGAAUAGGGAAUAAAGUAUCAGUUUUAAGGUAGAGAUCUUUAUUCAGGGGGAAGAUGCUGUUGGUUCUGCUGCUGGUUGUGGGUUUGUCUGGUUCUGGUUCUGGUUCGGAUCUGUGUUCGGGUAAAGUGGACGGAUCGUGUGAAGAAGGGAACUUCUAUAAAGAACCCAUCAGUUCAGGUGCAGUAGUGAGUUAUGAUGAGCUGAAGCAGAUGUUGGGAUCUGGAGAUGUUCAGCUGUUUGAUGUUCGUGAGCCGGACGAGUUUGAAGACGGAUCGAUUUCAUCAGCCACUAAUAUACCCUUGGGGGAGGUGGAGCGGGCGUUCACACUGACUCCGGAUCAAUUCAGAGAGCUGUAUAGAGUCUCCAUGCCGACAAAAUCUCACCUGAACUUUAUCCUGUACUGCCAGAGGGGGCGCCGCAGCCUCAGCGCACUGCAGAAAAUACACAGACUGGGAUACAGCAGAGCUCGUCACUAUGCUGGUGGUUAUGGUGAAUGGGUGGAGAUGGAGUCUCAGUGAGAAACACACUGUAACAUCAGCUGAUCUCAGCAGUAUAUCCUCACUUUCAGUCCAAAACCUCGUAUCUCCAUUUAUUUUCCUUGUUUUUACACUUUUCUCCAGAAUGUGAAUCUGUCAGGAUGUUUCGGGAUGAAUGCUCCAAUAGAAAUACUUUAAAAUUGACCUGGAUUAAAAGGUUUUUACAUCGACUUAGAUUGAAAUAUUAAACAUCACUUUGUGCUAAAUAACAGCAAACACUGAAGAGAAACACACACGGGUUGCCAGGUUGGAGACACUGAACCUACUCAAACAAGUGCAAGAAGGGUUCAAAAACGUUUGCAAUGGCAGUUGCCAGUUUCUGAAUCAGUUUCUCUGAUUUUGCUAUUUAUAGGUUUAUGUUUGAGUAAAAUGAACAUUGUUGUUUUAUUCUAUAAACUACAGACAACAUUUCUCCCAAAUUCCAAAUAAAAAUAUUCUCAUUUAGAGCAUUUAUUUACAGAAAAUGAGAAAUGACUGAAAUAACAAAAGAGAUGCAGAGCUUUCAGACCUCAAAUAAUGCAAAGAAAACAAGUUCAUAUUCAUAAAGUUUUAAGAGUUCAGAAAUAAUCAAUAUUUGGUGGAAUAACCCUGGUUGGUUUUUAAUCACAGUUUUUUUUUCAUGCAUCUUGGCAUCAUGUUCUCCUCCACCAGUCUUACACACUGCUUUUGGAUAACUUUAUGCUGCUUUACUCCUGGUGUAAAAAAAAAGGUUUUCAAUUUGGUAAAAUCUAAGAAACUCAUAAUUUUUAAGUGCUCUCUUAUUUUUUCCAGAGCUGUAUAUAUAUAUAUAUAUAUAUAUGUAUAAUUUAGACUUUUUAUUGGAAGAUAAC